UGUGGUUGUUAAAAAUUUGUUUCAGUCUUGAAAUACCGCUCCAUUGGUCUCCAUUAUGUUCCUGGUGCUGAAAAAGCUCGUGUAUUGGUAUUUCAAGGUGUUUGAGUAUGCAGACCCCAGAACGGAGGACCUUUGGCUGAUGAAGUCUCCGUUCCUCAUUGUGGGCUUCGCCGGAUUUUAUCUGUAUCUGGUCAACUACCUCAAGAGGUUCAUGAAACAACGUGAGCCUUACGACAUAAAACACGUGAUGUUGCUUUAUAAUGGUUUGCAGGUUGUUUUUAAUAGCUACAUUUUUUAUUACGCUUUGUUGGAGUCGCUGCAGCUGAGUCUGGCUUGCUCUCCUGUUAUUUAUUCACAUGAUCCUUGGCAACUAUUUAUUUUGAGGAUUGCUUACUUCUAUUUCAUAACUAAACUACUCGAUACUUUGGACACACUGUUCUUCAUCCUUCGUAAGAAAGACUCCCACGUGUCAUUCCUCCACACCUACCACCACUUCGGGAUGAUCCUGCUGACUUGGUUUGGGGUCAAAUUCUUGGGUGGUGGUCACAGCAUUUACCUGGGAGUCAUCAACUCCUUCGUGCACAUGUGCAUGUACUCCUACUACUUCCUCUCAGCCCUAGACGAGAAGUACAAGCAGAAGAUCUGGCUGAAGAAGCUCAUCACCCAGCUGCAGAUGAUACAAUUCUUCACCCUGACUUGCAUCUUCGGGUACCUUUUGUUCACCGACUGUUCGUACCCGAAGUACGCCUCCUUCGUGUUCGUACCCCAAUGCAUUUUCAUGCAGUGCCUGUUCGGGGAGUUUUACUACAGAACCUACAUCACCCCCAAGAAGAAAACUAAACUCUAUCAGGGGUACUUUUGGAUAUUCGAAGAAUGUCCAGAUCCAAGAGUAAACGAUUAUUUUCUUCUGGCAAGUCCUUUGCAUGUACUUCCAGUUGGAAUAGCUUACCUCUACUUCUGCCUCAACUUGGGACCAAGGCUGAUGAAGAACAGAGAAGCUUUCGACUUAAAGUACACCCUCAUCAUUUUUAACAUCAUACAAGUGGUGGUUAAUGCUUACGUUUUACUUGGGGUUGUGAUUUAUUUGCCCAAACUGGACUUAUAUUGUGGAGACGUUGAUUACUCAGUCAAUCCAGACACUCAACGUCUAAUUGGGACAAUUUACAUCUACUUCUUGAUGAAAAUACUUGAUUUGCUGGACACUGUGUUUUUCGUGCUGAGAAAGAAACAGUCACAGGUCUCCUUCCUGCACGUCUAUCACCACUUCAACAUGGUGAUGGCCAGCUGGAUAGCCAUGAAAUUUUUGGCUGGAGGUGCCACCAUAGUCGUCGGAGCUGUCAACGCCUUCGUACACAUCGUCAUGUACAGUUACUACCUUCUGACUGCCUACGAUGAAAACUACAAGAACAGUAUUUGGUGGAAGAAGCACAUAACUCAGCUACAACUGGUGCAGUUCUUGUUCUUCAUCUUGUACUUCGGAAGGUAUUUCUUCAUCAGUGGUUGCACCUACCCAUUGUUCAUCACGUUCCUCUUCAUACCUCAGAACUUCUUCAUGCUGUGCCUCUUCGGAGAGUUUUACUACAGAACGUACAUUAAGGGGAGCAAACCAGCUAAAACAACAGGUUGACUGUUAUUUGUUGUUAAUAAAAAGUGUGAUUUAAAUGUCCGUAAGACUUAAAUGCGUACCUUAACCAGAACUUAGCUUCGUAUUAAUUUAAUUUCAUGCAAUUUUAAUGUAAACUUAUUAUAGAAUAAAGUUAUAAUUAAUUAAAA